AAGAUCAAUACAUGCUACCAAGGUAUCGGGUUUUCCCUUCUCCUAAAGAUAGGGCGUCCAAAUCGCUAGCAGUAUAGCACUUAAGUUAUGCACAAUAAAUAAUGUAUGAUAUGUUUACCAGAUACGGACUUUCAUUUCAUUAUCAGUGUUUUAUGGGGAUAAAAUGUUAAAAUAGCAGUCGAGUCAUCAUUAUCAUAGAACUCGGAAGAUUAUCUGUGUGUGUUAGCUUAACUUUUUAGGGAAAAGGACAAGCGAAAACAUGACAACCGCAGCCGACAAAAAGUUGAUCGACGAGCUUUUUGUGACGUUUGACAAGGACAGGAGCGGGAAAAUAUCAGUGAAGGAGCUAAAGAGGGGUCUGAGGGUGAUCGGUUCCAAUCCAACUAAAAAGGAGAUCAAUACAAUCCUCAAUGAGAUGAACGUUAAGAAAGGUCAGGAAAUAAGCCGGGAGCAGUUCAAUCGCUGUAUGAUGCGCUACUGCGACUCCUGGCGGAAGAAUAAGGAGACGGCGGAUGAUGAACUGCUCAGCUCCUUCCGGUUAUUCGACAAGGACAAUAACGGCUACAUCGAUCCGAAGGAGCUGACGCGCGUGCUCACGGGGCUCGGAGAGAAGAUGAAACGCGAGGAAGUGCAAGAGAUGUUCAAGAGUGCGGAUAAGAACGCUGACGGCAAGAUACACUAUGAAGAAUUCGUCGAGCUGUUCCAGAAUAAACACCUAGAACAUGUUAAAAAGGGAUAAACAUGUGUCCGUACUGCUCAGUGACUAUCAGCAUUACAGUUCUACUCCAUAUACUUAAAUAUGUGAAACACGGUGUUAAGUGUUAGUCUUUGUGACCCGUACGGACGCCUUUCUCGCUCACUUAGUUUCCUCCUUUGCUUAGACACGUGUAACAUAGAUCGACCAGUCAGUGGACACUAGUGUGUAGAGUGUAUUCUCGUGCUUCGGACUUCGCCUAUGAGUUCCAUGAGCAUGUUCGGAUCAGUACAGUGUACAGUCCCUUAUUUUGUCUAUGGUGCUCGACCGGUAGCUGAUGUUGCCGCGCUGCAUUCCACUUCUCAAUUUUACGUAACUACUUUUUAUUGUUUAUUUAGAUUUGUCAUAUUUAUGUUAUAUUUUUUCAGAAUAAAUUGUACUUUAUAUUGAAAUUCAU